AUGACAAAGCCCAUAAUAAAGGCUGCCAUCACAGCUCUCUUCUCCACUGUCGCCGCCACCAUCCCGGCAACCCUCACUAUCGCAGACUUGGGCUGUUCCUUUGGCCCCAACACUUUCUUCGCUGUGUCCGAGAUCAUCAGCAUCAUGAUCGAUCUCUGCAAUGCGAAGAAGCACGAGUUGCCGGAGUUCCAAGUGUUCUUAAGUGACUUCAACACCCUCUUCAGCAGCUUCUUACCGAGAUUCCAAGAGAAGCUAAGUGAGCAAAUGAAGAGCAAGUACGGAGCAUCAGCGGCAUUGGCAUGCUUCUUCAAUGGCGUUCCCGGUUCGUUCUGCGGGAGAUUGUUUGCUCGGGAGAGUUUGCGCUUCAUUCAUUCUUCGUACAGCCUCCACUGGCUGUCUCAGCCUCCACUGACUGUAUCAGAGGAAGUAGUAAACAGUAUGGUUGGGUGCCUAAGAGCCAUAGCCGAGCACUUGCUUGUUUUUCACUUUGGUGAAGAGAUCAUCAAUGAGGUUUUCAAGAGGAGGAGCAGUGAGCAGGUUCGCCUGGUGAAGGAGCAGCGGCUGUCGGCGCCGGAGAGGACGACAGUGGAGAAGCCGGAUGGUCUCGAGACAGAGGCGGCUGUCAGCACCGGAGAGUGGGAGGUGCUGGAGAAGACGACGGUGGAGAAGAUGCAGGAGGAGAGGCGGUGUUCGAACGGCUGA